CUCGUGUCUCAGUCCAGUGUGAGUCUCGCCGUGAAGACGCGGUCUUGAUGAGAGCCAGAACACAGACGAUCUGAAGCAGCGUCACACUCUUCUGCUGGGAUUGAGUUCUUCUGAAACUGGACUUUAGAGAAAUGAUGCUCAUCUUUGGACUGAUGCUGCUGCUGCUGCAGACUGCUGCAUGUCUGGAUCAGCUUUGCACAUUUGAUGAACCAUAUUCGAUCAAACAAUGUUACGCAGCUCUGGGACACAAACUCAGUCUGCAGAUGAUGCUGAACCCUUCAUAUACUGACCUUUAUUUGUAUAAGACGUUAAAUGAUGGCAGUAGACUAAAAGUUUUUAGCAUAGAGAAAAAUAAAAAGUAUGAUUAUGAAUCCAUCAUAUUUGAGUACUUAAAAAAUGUGCCUCUGAUCAUAAAUACACAUGAAUCCAUCAGAAACAGAUCUGAGUUCUUCUUUGAUAAUAUGACUCUGACCAUAAACAAUGUGACCAAACCAGAUUCAGGAAGAUACACAUCAUUUGUCAUUGAGAUAGAUAUGGCAAUGGAAAGUGAUCUUCAAGUGAUUGUUGAAGCUCCUAUUGGCUCAGUGGAAGUGUCAAUCAUCUGCUCCUCCAAUCAGACUACAGUGUUCUGCUCCUCUGAGGGAGAUCUGAUCAUCUACAGCUGGACUCUGAAUGGAAAAAUACUACAAGAAGGAUUUAAUUUUUUAAGCAGCAGCAUUGAUCUGGAUAAGGGAACUGAUGGAAACAUCAGCUGCAGUGUGAAGAACAACAUCAGUCACGCACAGAAGACCAUUACACUCAAACCCUGUCCUGUGUCUCUGGUGUUUGUGUUGGUCUGGUGUCUUCAGCUGAUGGUUCUGUUGGGUCUGUUAGGACCUUUUCACAUCUACAUGAGACACACGUCAGGAAAGAAACAGGAAGAUCAGAAAGUGAGGAUGAGAAGAUUGAGAGAAGGACAUGAACACACAGCAGAAGAUUCAUGAGAGCAGCAGCAGAUCAUCACAUCUAUGAGAAAUAACUUCACAAUCUCACAGAUUCUCACAUCAAUCCAGCUUUCAGCUUCCAACAGCAGAUCUUAUAAUAUAAACCCAAGAGAUUAAAACCAUGAGAUAUAAAUUAAACCAGAUUUUCUACAGUUUUGGUUAUGAAGAUUACUUUCUGGACAUUUCUCUUUUGUAAUAGUUUUAAUGCUUAUAUUACUUAUGUGUCUUCACACUGAAUGAACUAGCUGUACUUUUAUAUCAUUACAUGAAACCCCUUCUGAUCAUCACUGAUAAAACUUUUAUUUCUCUGAAUCAGAUCAGUCACAUUGUGUUUAUUUUCAUAUUUCUCCUCUUGCUCUUUUACUUUAUUCUGUAAUGGUUGAUUUCUUUCAUUUACAGGUCUGUUUAGAUGUUUUAUCUGUUUGAAGAUCUUGAUCUGUUUCUCAGUUUUGUCAUGUCUGUGGUUUUGCUGUCUGUGGUUUGGUUUUGCUUGAUUUUGAAGUUUUUAACAUAUAUAACCACAUUCAUGCAUUAUUCUUCACAAGAUAUUUGCACCAUAUAAAAUUGAUAAACAUGCCCUUUUUUAGACAUUGUAAAUGGGGUCAUUGCUGAAUUUGUUUUUUGAGUUAAAUGUGAAAAUAAAACACUUUGAAAUGAAACAGUAUCUGCAGUCAAAGGUUGCUCGUAGAAUUUAUAUAUUUUAACACAGUCAAUUAACAUUUUAUCCAACAGAAAACACACAUCAAUAAAUGUAAGCAUAAGAAAACACGUAUAAAAACAAUCAAUCCAGACAGAAAUUGAAUCAUUUUUAGCAGAGAAGUUCAGCUGUAACUCUUGUUUCCUCCUGCAGAUGUCACUCAUAACAAAGAAAGUGUGUUUUG